AUUCAGACGGUCUUUCCCGACUGUGAGCUAUUCUCAAGAUCCGCAGCAACAUGUGAGACAAAGAGGUGCUGUGUGCAGUUUACACUGAGGUGGCGAUAAGCGAGCUACGCAUCGAACGACCUUGUUGAGUUGAUGCGAUUUCAUCUCCCGAAGGUUGAAGGAUGACACUUCGUUGAAUGCAAAGUGGCCUACGGAAUAAUUCAUGUAAACUGCAAUCGCCGCCGCGGCUUCAACACGCGGAAGAGGGAGCGGCGCCGCGACACAUCACGGAAAUUUGCCCGACAAGAAAUGUGAGGAGCUCUCUACAAAGCCUUCCUCAAACACCACAUGCUCUGAAUGACACUUGUAUCAUGUGCCAAGUCGUGCUUAGAAACCCCCGCGCUCGCAGCAUUCCAGUUGAGUAUCUCAACAGCACGAAACGUAACGCACCGCCAACCGUGUUUGCAGCGGCAAGGACAGUCCUGUUCUAUGCACAACUGCGAGUCAUGAGUAAUUGAUUCUCCGCAUCGUUUUUACAUAUUUUCCCCUCACGUUACUUCUGUAUCUCGAAACAAGCUUAUCAGCUAUGAAUAUGAGGUAAUAACUGUAUCUGCCUUCCACUUUUCCCCCGUUUGCGAACACGAGCUGGACGAACCUUGAGUCGCGCUGGUGCGCCAGUGACUCAUCGAACGUGUGGCGCUCAGAGUCGUCGCCUCUACCGCCAAAUAGAAAUCUUUUCCAUGGAAUCGACCGUUUUACCCCUUUACAGUCUCUCUACCUUCUUUAAAUCCCUCACCAGAGGUUGUUCUCCUUGCGUUGAAACUCACCGUCGCUGGGUUGGCAGAGUUUUGAGCGUUCAGCGGUGGUUCGCGGUGAGUGCUACACUCGCGUCGAUUGCCACUCCUCGAAUUUCUUUUGAGGACUAACUGAGGCGCUUACUUCUGCAAAGACUCCCUCAUUCAUAAUUUCCUCCUUCUUCCAUCCAACCGGGUCUUUUUUGCUGUUCCUGUGUAAUUUCUGACUGACACAGUAUCCACUGUUGUAGCGACUCAGUUUUCUAACCAAGCGGAUCCGCGCCAAGCAAGAAUUGUCUCGAUGCCUUCAACAUUCAAGUGAAUUUGAGGAGCCCCCCUUGAACUAGGGCUUUGCAACAAUCUUCUUCCGGGGCGUGUGGUAAAUCCCAGGAAUAGCGAGGGUUUCCUGCCAUCACACUCCUCACUGGCUGCGAAAUCGUCGUACUGGCUCUGCUUUUUGAGAAUCGCGGCACGGUGAUCGACGAGAGCAAAACUUGACCCAUUGGCAUUUCCACUAUUCAACCAAGGCAGGUUUUUGCAGAGGUGUCCUUCAGUGUCAAACGUAAUAAAUCCCUCCUUAAGUCCUUCCCGUCUUCCUUUCUUUCGUCUGAGCAACAUGAAAGAAGGCUCCUUCAUGAUCGCCGGCAGCCCCAGCCAUCCAGAGCGCCUGGUUCAACUCAAUCCUCACGGCCACUGGCGGCGAAUUCCAGAGCACGAGGAGUGCGGCUACACCCAGAUUAUGAGUUGCUCGUGCUGCUCGCUGACCAAAGACUCACCGGAAAAAAUACGCAGUGACGAAUCCACUGAGCCAGAGGAGGCCUCCACUGAAUCCAAGGCUCAAGAGCCUCGAAGCAGUGCACCUGCAUCACCGCGGCUGGCUGCUCCGAGGUGCCAGGAAUCCCACGCAUUUCCAACAAAGGCAGAGAAACCAGCGACCACCAGCAGCAACAUCCCGGACGAUGGGGACGUCGACGGACAAGAAGAAAUGGACUGGGCAUUGGACGUACCAGAUGAGGGGCAAGAAACAAGCUGCGCGUGGCUCUCAUGUGCUUGGACUGCCUCGGGAAAACAAGAAGGAGUUGACGGAAUGGCCGGCCCUCCCGCUGCGAUGACGCUGCAAGCUGCACCACCGGCACCGGCACCGACACCAGUUGCUUGUCAACAACGCGCUCAGCAGGAUAUUGCGAGCGGGCAGGAACCGAAGGAGCCGGCUCCUCAGAACCCAAGAGAGGCCGAACAACCUCAGGAAGUGCGAGUUACGAAAAUCAAAAGGCCGCAUCCUACGACUGUCACGUAUCAGUAUCGGCCUUACGUGACUCGACAGAAGGCGGAAGCAAAAGGAUUUAAGAUCGUCUGGUAUGAUCCUGAAAACACCUAUAACCCCCUGUAUUUCGGCGUGUCGCCUGAAGACAUCGAGGAGCAAAACGCGCUGGAUGAGCGAAGAGACUGUCAAAAGUAUCUCGACCCUGCUUUGGCCCUCCAAUACGCAGGAAUCGCACUGGGUGCCGUUGUAGGAGCCGGAGUUUUCGGCGUUGGUUUCGUUACUGUUGCUGCUGGAGUGGCAGUGGGCUGUACUGUCAGCGAAUUGUCACCGUAUUACUCGCGUGUGCAAAACACAAUGGAGCGCCUAAUCUUUUCCCGCGGGUGGGACUAGCGGUGCUAUAAAAACACACCAUAUAAGUUUUGGGAUGGCAUUGUGCUGCUACGCCUUCACACUCGCAUCGGCGGUCACUUCUGCCGCCGGUGUCCAAACGCCUGGUAACAUCAAGCUGACGCAGACAUACUGCUUUCCUCAGCGAAUCUAUAAUCCUGUUAUCUGACGGUAAGCUCUCUCCUGGACUCAGUAUUCCCCCCGUCUCUCCACCCUAAGCCUGCACCAACGGAAUGGCGGAAGGAGCUUUCAUCUGGUAUACAGUUCGUUCUUAUUCAGGACUCAAGGCGUGGCAGGGAAAGCGCUUUAGCGGCAUUUUGCACAACAAAGCAACGAGUUUUUUCUCCGCAGGACAAAUGUCAUUCUUGCUAAGAACAGCUCAGGGACCUUGUUCCGUUCUUGUUUUUGAUCGGAAAACUUGUUUCGAAGGGAAAUAUCUUCAAGACCGUUUUCUUCACACUCGUAAGGCCGACAUCGGUUAUUCGACAGAUGGACACACCGCCUCAAACCACCAGAUACAUUCGAUACGGAUGCCAUCUCCUUGUUUUGGGUUUAAGCGAUUGAUUACCUAGCUGACAGGCAUGUUCGUGUAUGUAUUUCGAGACCGACAGUCACCAUGUGAUGUGCCCACGUUAAGAGAACAAAAGAAUGAGAGUUCAAACGGCGGCUAAAAUCAUAGACUGGCAAUCAAAGGCCGCUCGGCUCACACUGAUCAGCACGUGAAAUGCCAAAGUUCAC